CGGGAGCGCUCCGAGCAGCUGGCGUGCGCGUUUACGCGAAGCACUGAGGGUCUGGCUCAGGGGGGCGGGGUAGAGAGCUCGCACAAACAGCGGAGAGGCGGCCCACAUUGUUGUCUCUCCCCGCAACUUUUCUCUGCAUGUACUGGAGGGGAGGGACGCAGAGGCGCAGAACAGGUUGUUUUCCCCACAGCGAGAACUCCAGAAAAAGAAAACCCGGAGGGACAUGUGUUCGGGAUUAUAUGGAAGUCCAAUGCCUCCCUUGGUCGUCCCGAGGAGUCGCAGUUUUGCUGACCAGUUGAACCAGUGAUCGGAAGUGAAGCCCUGCAGGAAGAUCGCUAUGUGGAGCUGUAUGUUUUACAAUGAGACAGAUCACAGUGUGGACCACCAGCUCUGCCAGGACUUCGGGCUCGUCCUGUCCGUCUUCUCCCUCAUCUACCUCAUUGUGUGCUUCCCCGUGGGGCUGUGCUACAAUGCUCUGCUGGUGGUGGUCAACCUCUACAACAAGGUCUCCAUGACCAUGCCUGAUGUCUACUUUGUCAACAUGGCCAUUGCCGGGCUCGUCCUCAACAUCGUGGCCCCCAUCGAGCUGCUGGGACCUAGCUACACCAGGUGGCCCAUCUGGGACUACAACAACGAGAUCUACAUCACUUUGCUCAUACUGUUCAACAUCUCCUCUUUGGUAAUCAUGUACUCCACCACCCUGCUGAGCCUGGACUACUACAUCGAGCGCGCCCUGCCGAGGACGUACAUGUCAAGCGUCUACAACACCAAGCAUGUGUGCGGGUUCAUCUGGGGCGGGGCGGUGCUCACCAGCUUCUCCUCCCUCCUGUUCUACGUGUGCAACCACGUGUCCACCAAAAUCAUCGAGUGCUCCAAGAUGCAGAACAAGGAGGCAGCAGACGCCAUCAUGAUGUUCAUCGGCUACGUCGUGCCCGCGAUAGCGGUCCUCUACGCCUUGGUGCUGAUACUGCGGAUUCGGAAAGAGUCCACGCCGCUGGACCAGGACUCCGGGAGGCUGGACCCUUCUAUCCACAGGCUCCUCCUGACCUCAGUCUGCGUGCAGUUUGCACUGUGGACCCCCUACUACAUGACACUGCUGGUCCACACGCUGUCCGGGGCGCAGGGGAGGUACCUCAGCAGACCUCAGAUAACGGUGUAUUAUUUUGUCAGGUGUCUGGCCGAACUGCUGGCCUUUUCCAGCAGCUUCGCCAUGCCGCUGACGUACCGGCACAUGAACAAGAACUUCCCGCACAAACUGCAGCGGCUGCUGGCGAAGCUGCGCUGCGGGAGGCCGGGGUGCUCGCACGAGCGCUCGGCGGUGCAGCAGGUCGUCGCCUAGGAGAGGCCACGCCGCCGCCACCGCCGCCGCCACACUCCCCUCGGAUCUGGAGUCGCUCACCGAAGAGCGGCAGGCCAGAGCAGCAGACGCCCCCGGGGAAAAUCGGAAAGGAAGUAAAACGGACGCCGAUCACGGAGGAGUCCCGGCCCACCUGCGCCGGUUUCGUGGACUGGAGCGCAACGAGUGCGCCGGGAUGCUACGGGAAUUUGUUUGCAUUUCUUGCAGAGCUGGCUACUACGAGGAAACCACUAAGUGCUUUUUUUUUUUUUUUUUGAGCGUGCAAGCCACUUUGUUCAAACCAUGUUAAUAAUUACAGAUUCCCCUCUUCCCCCUUUCCCCUGGUUUGCAACAUCCAAUUCCAAGUCCACUCAAGUCUUAAAAAACAAUACACUUCAUGUAUAACACACACACAAUACCCGUACCUCAUAUUCACCCUGGGGCAUUACGUAAAGAAUCUCUCAGACUUCCAGGUAAACCCCAAACAAAGACUCAUAAGCUAUAGCAACUAAUUGUGGCUGUACAGCAUUCUGGGAUUUCUGGGAAAGUGGCCGUCUUUGUGGGAGAACAGAAUUUAGGGUGUUAAUGGUGUAUAUUUGUUGCUUAGAUGCACAGGAGACGUGUAAGUGGUUACACAUCUACGUGCCCAACAUCUGGCCACCUUCAGGAAAAAAUGUGCUCCGCAAAGUAAGCAUCUCAUAUUAUUCACGGCUCAGUGAAAUAACAUUUCUAGAAAAGGCUCUCUGUCUCCAGCGGUGCUUAUUGAGUAAAUAAUGAAUUACAGAAUUGUAGAGAAAAAAGGAAAAAUGUUCAACACUUCUACUUAAAACAGCAAUCAGGAUGGUUAAUAUAUAGACCCAUGUGUCUUGAGUCUUGAAGUAUUUCAGAUAACACUAUGUCGAUACAGCCUAAAUAAAUGAAGAAUCAUUCCCUGCUGGGAGAUGUUUCUCUGAUCUACUCAAACACUAUUCAAGCAUGGGUUUAUCUAGUAACCUGACAGGACGGUGCCUGUGGAUAAACUUUAUUAAAGUGUUGCAGAAGAAUAGGACCAAGAGAAAAAUAUUUGAGAGUUGGUGUUGACCCACAAACAGCUGGAAGGAGACACCCUGCCCGGUUAAUCUUUGCUUCUUGCGAGAUCAAAGUCCCGUGAGUAAUUCCUGACACUUUGAGUAGAAAGCCAGAGCUGUGCCAGUACUGUGUGACUGCUGAAUUAGGCCGGCAUCUCAGGGCAAGAAAAAUAAACCUAGCGUGCUACCUGAUUAUCGAUUGGGAUCUCAUGAAGUAAUAACGUAGUAAAACACUUCUUCUCGUCUGCCACUUUCAUGUGGUAGAUGGACAAACUGAUGAUAAAGCUGUAGUUGCUAUAAAUGAAUGAUUUCAUGGGGGGGAAAAAAAAACUAUUUGUGGAGUGUGACAGCUUACGUUUGUACCACACAUUCAGAAAACAUUCAGUUUAAAAGUAUUGCUUUGGAAGAGUUGCUAGUUAUUGUACUUUGCACCACCUACGUCUCGUGUGAAACCUCCCUGAGACUGUCCCUUGGAUUCUUGCCUUCCUGGAACAAAGACGCCCACUGAAAACCUGAGCCCUCAUAUUGUCACGACCUCUUUCGGUCAUCACGGGCACGGCGCACAGGACUCCUCCAUGAAUAGAAGAGCCUAUAGAAUAUACAGUCUACCAAAAUAUAUAUAU